UGGACAGGCAGAGAUGGACAGUCAGAGAUGGACAGUCAGAGAUGGACAGUCAGAGAUGGACAGUCAGAGAUGGACACGCAGAGAUGGACACGCAGAGAUGGACAGGCAGACAUGGACAAGCAGAGAUGGACACGGAGAGAUGGACACGCAGCGAUACCUAGGCAGCGAUACAUAGGCACAGAUACAGAGGCAGAGAUACAGAGACACAGAUAGAUAGACAUACUGUAGAUACAGAGACAGAGAUUUAGAGAAAUGGAAACAGAGAAAGAGAUACAGAGACUCAGAGAGAGAUACAGAGACACAUAUACAAAGAUACAUAGACAGAGAUAGAAAGACAAAGAAAGACCCCGAUAAACAUAUAGACUGAGAUAGUUUGAGUUAGAAGUUUAUUAAUAUCUAAGUUUUGUCAGAUAUAUAUAUAUGAAACUAACAAACUAUUUUACUAAUAUUCUAUGAAUAAAUGAAAUUCUUUGCCUAAAUUUUUUUUAAAUAAAUUUUUAUUUAAAAAGUUAAUAGGAUUAUAUGCAACAAAAAAAUUCAAGAUAUGGAUCUAACGGAUGAAGAAAUUUCAAGACAAAAUUCACAAAGUACUCUGGAUUCUACCUUGAAUAUUAAUACAGAAGAAGAAAUUAUUAUCACAUUCAGCAGCGGUCAAGAUUCGGAAAUCAUUAUUUCAAGCAAUUAUGACAUUGUACAGUGUAUUGUGGAAGAUGAGGGAGAAUACAUUUUUCCAUUUGCUGAACAAGAUUUUAGUGGUGAUCCCGAACAUACUGCUGCUGCCGAGCAAAUAUCAAAUCUGAAGGAUCGCAUCGAUAACACACGUAAUUCAGUGGAUGAGGAGUUGCAAACAUUAUUAUCAGAAAUGAAAGCAAAAUACACUGCUGAUACACAGGCGAUUGGCUGUUUUCCUGAAAAUCCAAGACGAUCUGAAAAUGAGAAUUACAUAGUUUUCAACGAAACGGAAGAUGAGAAUAGAGUUGGAAGUGUAUAUUGGUGUCAGUGUGGGAACUGCAUACCUAUGAGAACAAAUAUCGAGUCUGUAUGCUGCAAAGAAAUCACAAAUGCAGAACCAUUAAUGGAUAACCUAAAUUGCAUAACCGAACAUGAAUUGUUUAAUAUUUUCUGUAACAGAGUAGAAACAGUAACUGUAAACUUAAUAUCUUUUGUUUACACAGAAAAAGAACCAUCCAGAAAGGAUAUGAACAGGUGUAGAAGGAAAACCGCCUACAGAUCAUUUACUGGGUGGAUACAUGGAUACCUUGGUGCUGGAAAUAGAAAACCUAUUCCUUCAUGUGCUGUCGCAAGUGUAAGAAGAUCUUUCCCAGAUCCAGAUUUACAAUACCUUGGCUUCAAACCACGAAGGGACCAUUCUGCUGAAUUUAUGGCUUUUGAAUAGCUGAAUUAUAUUUAUA